GCGCUUUCCAAUUUGUGUGAAACAGAUGCAUCCGUUUGCUGGAGAAGUGCUGUUUAGUCGUUUCAUUGGGUGGGCAAGCAGGACUUUCGGUCACGUGAAACUGCUUGGGCCAUCAAACCCCCUGUGUACGUUCCGUUGGCUGGCCAGUUCAAUCGUGGAGAGUGGUGCUCAAGCUUCUCUGGCAAAAGUCAGCCGCCUCGACAACACAACUCCUGCUUUGACUCCUCUCCGUAUCCUGACCACUGUUGCUCAUGGUAUCUCGUGCCACAAGCAUGCGUGCUCAGCUUCGGACUGCGCAGAGGGAAAGUACCAAGCUUCGAAACGCAAUUCCCGCCUGAGCUUUGAUAGACCAUGACCAUGACGACCAGCCUUCCAAGUCCAGACCUAUCCCUCAGUGAUACGGCAUCGCAGCCAGAUGAGCAACUAGCCACCAUACCAAAGACCUCCGCGGCAUCUCAACAAUCGAACAACAUGAAGUCGGGUCUUGCAGACGAUGCUGAUGGAUCCCAGCUGGGGACUUCGGACCCAGGAGAGAAUGACAAGGCCAGAAAAUCCACCAUCGAUCCCAAGGCCAAGAUCUCAAGCCUGCUGAAGGACAAGGAGAAAGAAUGGACAGCUGUGGUGGAGAACAGAAAAGGACCGCUUCGAUUGCUUGAUCUGCCCAUGGAUGUCUUGAAGGAGAUUGUGAAAGAGGUUACACAUACAAAUGACUUGACAGCGUUGGCUUUAACUCACUCUGCUCUCCACAACCUUGCUAUACCUCACAUUUACUCCCGCUUCGAUAUUGUGUGGCCGGAUGCCCAUGCUACAACCGAUCCGCGGACAGGAGUAGACGCUCUCACAUAUGGACUUGCUACAUUAUGCAUGGGAGAUGUCUUCACAGACCAUAGCUUGGCACAAUCCUUCACUUGCAUGAAUUGUGGCACACAGAAUAUUGCAGAGUGUAAUCAUGGCCUCAAGGCCGGACAACGGAGAGGAGAACGACGCCUGGGAAACCAAUACCCACAAUUUACAAGGAAAUUCUCGCUAGGUAAUGGUCCAGCCGAUUGGGUUCAUGAGUAUCUUAUUACGAAGGAGAGUGGUAAGAUGCUUGGAACGCUGGUUGCCCUGGCUGUGGCACGGAUGGUCAACCUAGAGACGUUUGUGUGGGAUAUGCCAACUGGGGUGCUCAGAGACGUGUGGCUUGCCCUAUCUUCAUUACAGAAUCGGCAUCCAGAGCAUGAAUGUAGGCUCGAGCGAGUAUGGGUUCGAUGGCAUGAUAAUUCAGAUCCAGCCAAUUUACCUCCGGCGCAAGCCUCGAGUACACCAGCCAGCACCACCCCACAGAUGCUAGCUGGGAGCACAAUGACUUCUAUCGGCUGGACAAUCCCAACUGGCUCUACUUCAAACGCCCAAGGAAAUCCUCACCCCCUCUCCUAUGCUCAGAGCAGGGUAGAGUACCCGACUCUUAGUGUCCUUCCGCCUUUAAGGAGCCUGUCGGUCCUGGAUGUCGAUGAACUAGAUUAUUUGGAUGAAAUGAGUGUUCUCAUUGCAAAAUCAAAAGACCGCCUUCGUGAAUUACGUGUUGGAAUAUCAGCCAAGGCCAUGAAUCGAGAUUUCGUAAUCUCUUGGGAUGGCCCUGAUUUGCAUCAAGUUGACCACAAAGCAUCAUGGCCUGGUGCGAGCACAGUUGGAGAGCGAAGACUCGGCGGAGUUUUGGGCGUGCUCUUGGGCAGGAUGUUUGAUAUUCGCAAGAAACAAAAGCCGAAACCUGAGAGGAAGGAUUGGGACACCACUACAGUUUCUUCUCCUCUCGCCUCGCAACCUCCACAGACGCAAAUUCUCCUUAGCUCAACUCCCACGCAAAGCAGCGAUGUCUUACUAAACCACAUACCUGAAGCUCCCGAGCAUAGUUCCUCUGAAGAGGAUUGGACCGGCAAAGAAAACGCUUCUCUUAACGAAGCGGUUCUGUUGGAUCCUGGUACUACAUUUAACACCGACAGUGAACGUCCGCCAGACGAGUCAGAUGGUGUGAAUCUCAAUCCGCAACCAGAUAUAACUUCCCCCGGGACCGAAGCUGCCCAAUCUCACGUGCAGUUCAUCGCCCAGAGCAUUGCUGAACUACAGCUUGAUGAUAUUUCACAGCACGAGGUUGUUCCAGAACCACCGCUAAGACGCUCGUCAACCCACACUCAAAGACAGUCACAUUUCUCGGAAGCUCAUUCUGUCGAAAGGGAAAGACUGGAUGGCAAGUUAAGGCUCCAAACCUUGGAGCUUGAGAGAGUCCCCUUAUCGGUAUCUGUACUCCAAAAGGCAUUUGACUGGUCGGUCUUGUCAAAUCUGACAAUACUUGAUUGUGCACAACAUGACAGGCUUUGGGUCAUGCUCCGCCGACACUUUCAGCCAUCACCGCUCGGGCCAGUUUCAUCCUCCAAACAUGGAGUGUCGUUGCAAUACCACCUCAAUCUCAAGAAGGUCCAUACGGAUGCAGCAUCUCCUGCUCUUAUCGCAUUUUUGAAAGAAACCUUGGCUCCAAACACCCUCGAGACUCUAUUUCUCCAAGAUCGCAAACGAACGAGUACAACAAGUGUAACUAUUGAUGCCAUAUAUCGUGGACCUCUGAAGCGUCACCGUGCAAGUCUCAAGAGGUUGAUGCUGGACAGCUCUGACAGGAUACCACGAGGGCCUUCAAGUUCUUCAGAUAAUGCACGGUGGAGAAAUUGGAUGCCGACCCGUGAUGUUCUCAACUUCAUCACUAGCGGGCGCAUGAGUAGUCUCCGGGAGCUUAGUAUUGCCAUCGAUUAUAAAGAUUGGCAUCAUUUCCUUCAACGACUCCCGCAAAUCCCUCACCUCCGUUCACUUAACAUCCCAUUCAUCGCAGAUCAUGUAACGCCCGCUUUUGACCCCAAGGAGCUGGUUCUUCAAGUCAUUGAUGUGAUUGUAUUACGGCCUGAGGUGGAGCUUUGUUAUAUGGGCGUCUCGCACAAAUGCUUUGAGAUCCUGGAGAAUCGGCCGCACGAUGAGGCACAUGGUGCGAUGGAUUCACAUCCCAGCGCUGUAAAUGGAGGGCCUGUGACUGAUGAGGAAGACGACGAUGAAGACGAAGAUGGGAGUGAUGACGAUGACGACGAGCAGGGAGAGUCGGACGAUAAUGGGACUGCGAUAGGGGCUCCGGCCGGAAUCGUUGAUCCUGAUGAAACCGACGAUGAAAUCUCGGACCAUGAGGAUUCAGAUACCGAUUCCUUUGACGGCUCUGAAGACGGGAGAUCUAAAGUUCGACUUCGACCCAGAGAGAUUCUCUUUUAUGAUGACAAAGUUGCUAUAUUCAAGGCUCGUCAUGGCAAACUCUAAGCUUAGCCUAGAUAGAUAUAUCUUACACGAAUUUUGACGAUUGAGGUUAUUAGGAAAGGGAGCUUACAUAUUGGUGGGGUUUUUACUUGAGCGCACAGGAGCAUUGCCACGGCGGCAAAAAUAGGAGUGGAUGGGUUUUGCAAAGGAGUUCUGCUAGGAAACAUCCUCCUCAGCGAAUUUGGAAGAUGGGCGGAUACAGAAAAUUCAGCAUUCACUUCGCUCCGAGCCCUUGCAGAAUAAGAACGAUACUUGAUUCGGAGAACGUGAACAAGCUGGAGAUGAGAUAACGCUUGGUGCUGAAUGAUCCAGUGAUUUCAUAGUUGGAAAGCCUUGCUGAUAUCAGAAGCUGAAAAGUUCGUCGGGUCCAAGUGCUCUGAGGCCACAGCCUCGAGAGAUGGACACAAAAUUCGGUUCCCGAAACUCGAUAUCACAUUCUCAUAAGAUCAC